AUGAUCUUUAAGAUAACCAACCUAACGCAGCAUUUCAACUUUAUGGAUGUACGGUUGAGUGAUGCGGAAAAGAUUUUUGUGAUUCAUGGUGCACAGCAGGGUUUGAGAAGUGAUGGUCGAAGUAAUUUGGAUUAUCGACCUAUUAUUCUGGAAACAGGAGUUCUCUCGACAACCAAUGGUUCGGCAAGAGUUCGUCUUGGCUCUACUGAUCUCUUAAUUGGCAUUAAAGCAGAUCUCAUUGUUGUCGACGACAUGCCGUCGUACAAAAACCGACUUAACUUCACUGUUGACUGCUCGGCUAAUGCAGCACCACAAUUUGCAGGUCGUGGUGGCGAAGAAUUUGGAAUUGAAAUUGCAUCUGCGCUGAGCGCGGCAUAUGAUAAUUCUUAUGUUCUUCCUGAUUUAAAAAAGUUAAUCGUGUCACCAAUGCACGCUUGGAAGUUGUUCGUGGAUAUUGUAAAAGCAGCUCUUUAUAAUACCGAAAUAUGUAACGUGGUAGUUAGACCGGGAGAUGCUGGCAAGCAGGUAGUGGAUUUGCCAGAUGAUAAUACAGUCUGGAGGUUUGACAUAAGCAGGACUCCUUUUAUACUCUGCGUAAGUAAGUUAGGAGGUGCAAAUGUGAUGGAUGUUUCACUCACUGAGAAGGCUUGUGUUAAAGCUACGUUAUGGGUUGGCAUUUCAGUGGAACCUACAAAGGUUGAUCUCUUAGAAGUUCUUGAAUGUUAUAAUAGCACAGCAUUAGCAUCUCAUGAAAGGAACUGCAGGAUUACAUUUUUGCGGCAGUGCGGUGGUGGUUCAUUGGAAACGGAUUCCAUAGAAGGAAUGGUGUCAUGUGCAGUUCAAACUGCAUUCGAACUUCAAGCUGCGUUUAACAACAGGCUGAUGGAUAUUGAAAGAGAUGAAAGUCAUGCAUUAUCGACAUUCCUGACAUGA